CCUCCGUCAUCUUCAUCCUGGGUGUCACCUCAUGGCAGCCGGAGCAUCUACAGAUGCCAUUGUGGCCCCUCAGACUCAGUCAGAAUUGCCAGUCGACAGCAUGAAUGCGCCACAGACAGCGAAUGGGAGCGGUAUUGAUUCUGCCCCCAAUGCUGGUGAAAAACGGUCUCAAGAGCCUGGCGCAUCUUGGAGGGCUGGCGAGCAGCAAGUGUUGCCGCAGAACAGGCUGUUCAUCGUUGUAUUUGCAUUGAUGUUGACGACUUUUCUGGCUGCAUUGGAUCAGACCAUUGUGGCGACUGCACUUCCAACGAUCGUAGGCAAGCUGGGCGGUGGAAGUGAUUACAGCUGGGUCGGGAGUGCUUAUCUACUAGCAGCUGCUGCGUUGAGUCCUUUGUACGGAAAGCUCUCCGACCUCAUAGGUCGUAAGCCAGUGAUUUACUCCGCCAUCGUUGUCUUCCUGCUUGGCUCAGCACUGUGUGGCGCUGCUCAAUCCAUGCCAUGGCUAAUUGCUGCGAGGACAGUACAGGGUCUCGGAGGUGGUGCUAUUCUUCAGAUUGUAAAUAUUGUGAUUUCGGAUAUCGUGGCGUUGAUGGAUCGUGGAAAGUAUGGAGGUCUACUUGGUGUAACGUGGGGAAUAGCCAGCGUUGUGGGGCCCUUGCUCGGUGGUGCUCUUUCUGAUCAUGCAUCUUGGAGAUGGUGUUUCUUCAUCAACCUACCAAUAGGCGGCUUCGCCGGCGCCCUCCUCUUCGUCUUCCUCAACCUCAACCCACACAAGGGCCAACCUCUGCGCACGCAUCUCCAGACAUUCGAUUUUGCGGGGUUGUUUUUACUUAUUGGUGGGACUGUAUGUUUGUUGUUGGGGAUGAAUAGUGGGGAGACGAAUUGGUCUUCCGCAGAGACUAUCGCACUGCUCACCGUUGGCGGCGUUCUUCUCGUCGUUGCGUGUGUCAACGAAUGGUUCACGAAGAGGUCACCGAUCAUUCCGCCGAGGGUGUUUAGGACGAGGACGACAUCGAUCCUGUUGAUCGGAAACUUCUUCCAUGCUAUCGCCUUUUACGCAGGUGCAUAUUACCUCCCGCUUUACUUCCAGGUCUUAGGAUUUUCAGCGACUGCGGCUGGUGUACGGAUGCUCCCCUUCUCUCUCGGCGCAGCUCUCGUGGGUGCCAUCUCCGGCGCUAUCGUGACAAGGAUAGCGCGGUACAGAGAGGUCAUUUGGUUUGGGUGGACGAUGAUGGUGCUCGGAUGGGGACUGACGACGCAGUUGGAUGAUACGUCGUCGACCGCGCGAAGGGUCCUGUUCCUUUUGGUCACCGCGCUCGGAAUUGGGUGUUUGUUCCAGACACCGCUCGUGGCUAUUCAGGCCGCUAUGCCCAUCAAAGAUAUGGCCACUUCGACGGCUACGUUUGGAUUCUUGAGAACCCUCGGCGGCACGAUCGGUGUCUCGCUCGGCCAAGCCGUCUACUCGUCUAUUCUGCGCCAUAAAAUCGCAAAGAUACCGGGCGCGGCGGAUUCGGGGUUCGAUACGAGCCCUGCGGGGUUGAGCCAGAGUGUGAGGCAGUUGCCUAAUAUUGAGGAACCGCUCCGAGGCGAAAUCAUACACGCAUAUACACAGGCGAUCAGUACGAUAUGGAUUGUCAUAGUCCCGAUGGCGGCUAUUGGAUUCAUUAGCGCGAUAUUCAUCCGAGCGUACACCCUUAAAUCCGUCACCGUCAAAGCUCCCAAUCCGGCCGCCAACGCAAAUGCAGAGGAUAAGGAGAAGGGCAUCGCUCUCGUGACUUCGUCUGACACGCGAGGGACGGCCGAUACGUAUGUUGAUGUUGAGGGUAGUAAGGUUCCCGACACACCCAAGGUGGCGGAGUCAGGAGCGGAGGGUAGUGAGAGGAGGGUGUAGGUUGCAGGAUGGUAGCGAGAGGAUGGUGUAGCGGAGGGGAGUGAGAGGAGGGUAUAGCCUGCAGGUUCGACGGUACUGCUUUCAUUCGUUUGCUUUUGUGUUUAUUAUAUCCACAGCCUGAGUAUUAUGUACUGUAUGAUGCAUGUUUUCUUGGAGGCGUUGCCCUUGAUGGUGUUUGAUGUUUAGGUUUGAGUUUGGAAUACAUACC